AUGAAUGGGCCUACAAAUAUUAUUAUUGUUACACAGCACUCUACAAAUAUCAUUAUUGUUACACAGCACUCUACAAAUAUCAUUAUUGUUACACAGCACUCUACAAAUAUCAUUAUUGUUACACAGCACUCUACAAAUAUCAUUAUUGUUACACAGCGCUCUACAAAUAUCAUUAUUGUUACACAGCACUCUACAAAUAUCAUUAUUGUUACACAGCGCUCUUCAAAUAUCAUUAUUGUUACACAGCACUUGCACUCUACAAAUAUUAUUAUUGUUACACAGCGCUCUUCAAAUAUCAUUAUUGUUACACAGCGCUCUACAAAUAUCAUUAUUGUUACACAGCACUCUACAAAUAUCAUUAUUGUUACACAGCACUCUACAAAUAUCAUUAUUGUUACACAGCACUCUACAAAUAUCAUUAUUGUUACACAGCACUCUACAAAUAUCAUUAUUGUUACACAGCACUCUACAAAUAUCAUUAUUGUUACACAGCGCUCUUCAAAUAUCAUUAUUGUUACACAGCGCUCUACAAAUAUCAUUAUUGUUACACAGCGCUCUACAAAUAUCAUUAUUGUUACACAGCGCUCUACAAAUAUCAUUAUUGUUACACAGCGCUCUACAAAUAUCAUUAUUGUUACACAGCGCUCUACAAAUAUCAUUAUUGUUACACAGCGCUCUACAAAUAUCAUUAUUGUUACACAGCGCUCUGCAAAUAUCAUUAUUGUUACACAGCGCUCUACAAAUAUCAUUAUUGUUACGCUCUAUACUCGGCCCUUGUCCGUGACAGACACUUCUAGGAUUUAA